AUGGAGGUAAUGGCCGUUAACACAGAAGUUGUAUUCACCCCCACAGGUGUGUGGGUUUGGUGGGAGGGUGUGUGGCACGUCGCCGCCUGGCAGAAUGCUCUGCCAGAGGUGGUGGAGGUAGGGGGUCUGACCCCUGUUCAGACCCCGGGGACUACCCCACCAUCCUCGCCACCCCCCACCCGGACACCGUCGCCGUCUCCCGCCCCAUCCCCCUCACCAGCACCACCGUCGCCGCCACCCCAUCCCCGGAACAUUGUUCGGGUGGAACCCCUCUGGGGCGAUGAGCGUCGUCCGGCCCAUCUAUGGAAUGGGCGUCCAUGA